UUUUCUUUAACGGGUUUUCAUAUCAAUUGCAAUUUUCUUUGCCACCGUAUCUAACAAUAGAGAAAGAUGGAGAAAAAGAGUGGGAGUGAGGGGCAUAAGGGAAGGGUACGCAAAAGGUGCAACGACAGCUACAGGGCCUCCUCUAACACCUCUUUCUCAUGCCGCUUCCACCCUUCUUUCUUCGUCUGUCGCCGUCACGACGACCAGAAGAGGUACUAUGAAUUGGGAUCCAACGAUCCGCUAUACGCUGCCAAGUUCUACGACUGUUGCGGAGCUGAGGAUCCUGAGGUAUCUGGCUGCACUACCAGUUUCCAUGUUUCGUAUGAUGACGAUCGAUCCGUGUAACCAAGUUUCUUUAUCUCCAAUAAUGUCAUCUCUAUUAUAUGAAAAUGAAGUUGAUGCAUAAUUCUUAAUGUCCGUGUUUGCUUGCAUGGUUGUUUCAUGAGGUGAUGGUUUGUAUAUAUAGUUUAGAUUGCUACGGUUCAGAUAAAGUUAGAAGAAAAACAAAGUUAUGUAAAGAAAAUAAAGCAGGAGACACGAUGACGAGGGAUAUCUAGGCUGGUUGGUUGUUGUUGGUUAGAUGUAAGAUUGUUACUUUACCUUUUGCAUGUAUAUAAUAUGAAGAUUUGAUUCCAUUUCCACCUCAUUAUACUCCACCCCUGACCCAUAUUAAUUCUCACAUGGUGGGUGUAUGACAUAUAUAUUCACAGUUGGUUUGGCAUUGUAAUUAGUUUGUAUGAUAGAUUUAUUC